AUGGAUAAUCUCCCAAUGAAAAAUCCUCCUGAAGACAUAUCUGCAAAAUCAGAAGUUAAUGAGAACAGUGUUGAUUACAGUGACAAGGAUAAUGCACCUACUCCUGAUGGAGAAUUAAGAUAUUCAGACAGCUCUCACAAUGAAGAUCUUUCAAAGACAAUAGACAAAUUCAAGAGAAAUAAGAAGCAGAAAAAGUCCUUCUCCAAUCAACCCAUAAAAGGGAAAAAGAAAUUGAAGUUGUCUGAAGAUAAAGCCGAGAAGCCAAAGUCCUCAAAUUUAACCUCGGAUGACGACGAGCUCCAGAAUCGCAAGCCCAAUUCACCAAAUGAAUUAGAUAAAAGUGAAGUUGGAAAAGAAGAGGAGGGAACAGUCGACAAAAUCAACAUUUCGACACUUGUGCUGCAUAGAAAUGCACGACAUUUUCGUAAGAUCACAGUUAUGAACGAACUGUUUCAUAUAUUGAGGGAAAAUAGUAAAGUUUGGUAUUCCAUGGAAUCAAUAAGCAGGCCUACCAACUCAGAGGAGGAAACGAAUAAAUCAAUUAAUGAUCAAUGUCUUAUAGACCCUUUGUUACAAAUCGAAGAGGAUGCAACUACAAUGCAUCAAACCGAAGUAGCAUGUGCUGCAGACAACCUGAACAAAACAAGGAAACGUGAUAAGCUUCCCAUAAGAGGGGGGAAAAAACUGUCUUCGAUGAACAAACAGAAGGAGCCCAUUGGAAGUUCAGGUUCAGCUUCACCUACAGAAGGGAAAGAAACGAUGGCUUUGAUGAAUCCAGACCUUAAAAGUUCAGGAUCAGCUGAACCUAAGAAAACUAGAAAAGGGAAAGAAAAGAAGAAAUUGAAGAGCCCAACCCUUAAAAGUUCAGGGUCACCACUGAAGCAUCUCUUGGACCUUGAGACAAUUAUGCGCAAUAAACUUGCAGCAAUGAAUGCUGCCGUUAAUGCUGCUGCAUCUUGGAAAGGUGCAAAUACUCAACGUUCAUCUCCAAUGGAUUCUACUAGUAAGGCAAAGGACACUUCCAACUCUUCAUCGAAUUUAGAGAAUGGUUUAGCUCUUGGUUAUACACCCAGUUCGGGAGAUAUUAGCACUAAAACCUCAAGUUCACAUUCAGGAUAUCCAUAUUACAGAGACGAGGAUGAUGAUUGGUCUGAGUUGGAACUUGAGGCUUUGUUGAGUUUUGUUAAAAAGUAUGGUCUAGGUAACUGGAAUGUCAAGUUUGUAGAUCCAGAUUUGCAAGUCAUAAGGAACAAAACUGCAAAAGAAUUAGCUGAAAAGUGGGAAAAGGUGGCUCCUAAAAUGCUACCAUAUUUACCUUUACCAUACAGCACUACGCUUUCUGUCACAGCUGAUAGACCAACACCUCAUGCAUCACAAGGAAAUGGAUUACACUCAACCAUUGACUCCACCGCUAUUCAGUUUCCAAGUGCAAAAUUUCCAAUUUAUAGGCCUAGUCCUAGACUCGGCAUUCCUCCCUUUCAUUUUCAUGCGGGGAAUCAAGCCCUCAACAUGGGAAGGAUCAUGCCAUCCUCAAAUGGUCUCUUUGGUCCUCACUUUCAAGGGUCUUCCAGAGGAGCUUUUCAUUCACUUCAGCCCUUGCCUAGUGCUCAUCCAAGGGAACCGAAUGCCAACUUGAAGACAAUGAAUCCACAACUUCUGGGUCAAUUUCACAAUGAGAGGCUUAAUCUGCUGGCUCGAAACUUUAGCCCUAUGAGUGUUCAGACACCACAAACUCCACCAUUAUCUCUCAGUGCAACAACAAUUUCACCUCCAGCCAAUAAUGGAACUGAAGCUGGGUCUCAGUUGGUGUUGGGUGGUCCAAUCCUUCUUCCGAAUAACUUGAAACUGAACAAAAAUGCAGGUCCUGACACUGACAAUAACAAGUGA